AUGUCUGAUAGUCCUGUUGUCAAUCAAAUCCAACAUUAUCAAAGAAGUAUCGAAAAAUACCCCGAUGAUGAGCAGAGGCUUCUGAGAUGCAUAAGAAAGUUACACGAAUUGCCAGUGACAGUGCAGCAUCUCCAGGAAACGGGAGUAGGAAGGACAAUUAACGCGCUCCGGAAGUACGAUAAAAGUGUUGGAGAUGCUUCUAAGGCCUUGGUUGCUAAAUGGAAGAAUAUGGUUGUCGAUGAGGACAGCAGUGAAGGCGAUUAUGAGGACGAUAAUUGUGCUCCAGAUGUUUCUGGGGGUUACAGUGAUAACUCCGAUUCGGGAGUUGACAAGGAUGAAAAUCUUACUCUUAAUUCAUCCAGCCAUAAAUUAAGUGAGUCACGUGAGCGUUAUAAUAAUAAUUCUCAAGAUGAAUCAAGAUCUUCCAAAAAUCUGUCAAACAAUUCUUCUUCAGAACUAUCACGAUCUAAAUCAACCAGCAGGUCAAAUGGCAACAGUGAUGAUAAUAAUAGACACCACUCAAAAUCAUCGUCAUUGUCAUUGAAUCAUCAAAAUAAAUCAGAAGACUCAAACACGAGACAGGAGUCGCGUGAAAAAAAAUCAAAGAGCUCGCGGGAGUCUGGUAGUAAAAGUGAUAGGCAUAAAGAUAGUUCUAAGAGAGACGAGAAUGUAAAUUAUAGUAGUAAUAGUAGUAGCAGUAGUAGUAAGACUAAAAAAGAUAAGGAGUCAAAAGUUUCCUCUAUCGAGUAUGCCAAGCACAAUGGCACCAGCAGUGAUCGCAAACGUAAGCGCGACGGACUGGCGAACGACAAGCACGAGCAUAAACGCCGAAGGAGUGGAGAAGUGCCGGAUGAGUCAGAAGAAGACGGGAAAAGUGUCGAUGAUACCAAUGAAAUUAAAAAUGAAACGUCUGAUAGUGAGUGUGAUAAGAUUAAAAUUAAGUCAGAGUCACCUGAACCACGACAAAGUUCGAGCAAAGAUGUUACGGUGAAGAAAAAAAAUUCUAAGGACAAGACUGCUGACUGUAUUGAUAAAGUUAAAGAAGAAAAACAUAAACAUUCUAGUUCAAGCAGCAAACAUAAAGUCAAAAGUGAUAGCAAGUCUUCCGAAAGUCGUAAACACGAACAAAAAAAAGAUGAGUCUAGCUCGAAAUCUCGCAGUCACUCUUCUAGUUCUAAGGACACUGAUAAAAGUAAACAGGGUGAGAAAAAUAAAGAUAAAAAGUCUGAUAAGAACAAGGAGAAGAGCAAAGACAAGAAACAUAAAGAGAAAAAAAUUAAAAUUAAUGACAAAGAGGGAAUUGAUUGUAAUUCUGGAGCGAGCUUUGCUGAAGCUUUGGGUAUGUGUACGGCGUCAACGUCAUCCUCACGUAAGAAAAUAAUUUCGCCGAGCAUAUCUAAAAGUAUAAAAUCAGAAGCUAGUACCUCGUCACAUAAAUCUAGUAAAAUAAAGACUGAACCGUUAUCGCCUAAAGAAGAUCAAUCACUUUCGUUAUUAUCGCCAAGUAUCAAAUUAGAGCCAUUAAGUGUCGAUCUAGCGUCAACAUUACCAGAAAUAAGUCCUAAUUACAAACCAUUACCAGUAAAUCACAUGAAUCCGCUUUACCGAUCAAAUCUCAAAAGCCCCCCGUCUCUCUAUGAACUGUGCAUCCGCGUACUGAUAGAUAACAUUGAUGCUGUGGAAAAUACCGGCGGGGUACCUUAUUACAUUUUGGAACCCAUGCUGAGACGAGCCACUCCCGAACAACUGUAUCACAUUGAGUACUACAACCCCCACUUAAUUGAGGACACCCAGCCUCUGUGGAACGAACAUUGCAAUCGCGAAUUCCGGAAGGCACAGCCUCAAGAAAUGGAGUCAUGGCGGGAAAUGUACAUUAUCUUACAAGUUUUCUCGUUGUGUUCCACCUCGGACUUUUUAUUUCUGAGCCUCGUGGACUGCCUCGUCCUCUUGGGAGUAUUCUUCACCUCCUUGGCCACGAAAUCCUUAUCGUUGUCUCGAUUAUCAUCAUUAGUGUCUUUUUUCUUUCCUACGCUGCCUUUCUUCCUUCCUCUUCUUUCAACUUUUGUCAUCCUGCUUUUGGAGUCUUCUAAAUUUUUAAUCUCUUCUUCUUCUUCUUCUUCUUCAACUUCUGUCGCAACAGUUGCAUCAACCUCCUCUCUUCUAUCACUAAAAUCUAUAACCUGGGUGCUGCAUCCCGGCUUAGCUUCCAAGUUACUGUUACUUUCCUGCUCAACAUUGACAACAUUAAUAACAGGCCGAUGUAUAGAAGAAAGAGAAGCUAGAUUGAACAUGAUAACCGGACAGGUAAAAAUAAGAGCUCAGGAUAAAGAAAGAGAAAAAAAAUCAACAAAACUGGCUUAUGUCGAUGAAUUUGUAAAACCGCCGAGAAACAUACUAAAAAAACAAGCGAGGUAUGGAACAUCAUCUGCGACUUCUUCUUCAGAUAUGAAGAAAAAAAUGAUUCUAACAACAGGAAAUAAUGCUCCUACUGACAUUACCGUCCCACCGCCUCCGAUGUCUCGUGCCAAAUCAUCCACAUCAGGAGUAGUAAAAAAAAACAAGGCUCCUUUAAUGGCAAAAGCUCUGCAGUUAAUAAAAGGAAGAUACAAGCGAUAA